AUGUCUCACAUUACUAAUUCAAUUACCUACAUUACACAUUCAAUGCAUAAAAGUUACAACAAAAUCCCAAAAAAAAACACACUAAUCCAUACCAAUUCAUACAUUCCAAAUUCAAUUAUUUCCAUACACAAAACAUGCAUUCCAAAUAACAGCAUAAAAAAGGAACCUAACGACCUUUCUAUUGAGCAGCAACAUAGGCAUCAUUUAUCUAAAUUGCAGGGGUUGCCUUCUGUCAAUUCCGGUCAAACUGAACAAGGUAGCGGUGUCAAUCAAGGCACUGUAAAGGAUGAGUUUUCAAGAGGUUCUUUAGCACUCACUAGCUUACCACCACCAACAUCUGCUAGCUUGCUCCCAACUGGCUCUUUUAUUUCUCGGAUCCCAGCUAGCACUUCUGCUAUGGUGUCUAAGGCACCUCUAAAAAGACCUCUUGGCCAGAAGAAACCACUUGAGACACUUGGUUCUUCACCUCCUCCUCCGAGUAAGAAACAAAAGGUGUCUGGGCCAUCUCUGGAACAAAGCAUUGCACAGCUUAAUGAUGUUACAGCUGUUAGUGGUGUCGAUCUUAGGGAGGAGGAAGAGCAGUUAUUUUCUGGGUCCAAAGAGGACAGUCGAGCUUCAGAAGCAUCUCGAAGAGUUGUGCAAGAAGAGGAAGAAAGUCUGAUUUUGCUGAAAGCUCCAUUGCAGAGAAAAUUGAUUGAAAUUAUGACCGAGUGUGGCUUGAAAGGCAUGGGUAAUGAUGUGGAAAAUCGCUUGUCACUGUGUGUUGAAGAGCGAAUGCGCGGAGUGAUAAGUAACAUAAUCAGUAUGCCAAAGUUGAGGGAAACCUACAAGAAAGUAACAGAAUGCUAA